GACAUGAGCCAGCAGUGAGAUGCACAGGUAUACAAGUCUCAGGUGAGAAGGAUUUCUCUUUCUUUUCCCUCCAGGGCCCAAUCGCCUUUGAGGAGGUGGCUGUCCCUUUCCCCCCGGAGGAGUGGGUUCUCCUGGAUCCUGAUCAGAAAGCCUUGCACAUGCAGAUCAUGGAGGAGAUUCAUGGGAUGGUGGACUCUCUUGCAGAUAACUGGAAGAAGAGCAAUGUGUGCACCAAACAUAGGAUGCAUUUGGGACACAAUGCGGACCCUCCUAGACACCAGCAAACUCACAGUGAAAAUGGAGGUUCUGCCAGAGAAAGGCCCUACAAAUGCAAUGUAUGUGGACAAUGUUUUACGCAAAAUAUGGGACUUAUACUUCACAAGAGACUCAGUGCUGGGAGAAGCCAUUGUAAAUGGAAAAUAUCAGCAAAAUGUAUUGCUGAUUACAAAUCGCCACAUCGGAGCCAAGAAGAAAUCUUUCAAGGAACUGACGAUAUCAUAAGCCAGGAGUGUGGGACAUCUUUUGUGCAGAGUUCCCACUUGAAACAUGAGGGAUUUCACACAAGACAGGAACCAUAUAGAUGCCAGGACUGUGGAAAGUGUUUUGCUUCCAGUUCACCAUUGAUGAGGCACAAAAAGCUUCAUGCAGUAAAGAAUAGGUACAAGUGCCAGCAGUGUGAGAAAUGUUUUGCUCAGAAUACACAACUUAUAGACCACUGGAGAUCCCACAAGGGAGAGAAGCCAUACCAAUGCCCGGAGUGUGGGAAAUGUUUUAGUUACCAUUCACACUUGGUGAGGCAUAAAAGACUCCACACAGGAGAGAAGCCAUACCAAUGCCUGGAGUGUGGGAAAUGUUUUAGUUACCAUUCACACUUGGUGAGGCAUAAAAGACUCCACACAGGAGAGAGGCCAUACCAAUGCCAGGAGUGUGGGAAAUGUUUUAGUUACAGUUCACACUUGGUGAGGCAUAAAAGACUCCACACAGAAGAGAAGUCAUACCAAUGCCAGGAGUGUGGGAAAUGUUUUAGAUACCGUUCAGACUUGCUGGGACACAAAAAACUCCACACAGGAGAGAAACCAUACCAGUGCCAGGAGUGCAGGAAAUGUUUUGCUAAAAGUUCAAACUUGGUGAGGCACAAAAGGGUCCACACAGGAGAGAAACCAUACCAAUGCCAGGAGUGUGGGAAACAUUUUGCCGACUGUUCAGCCUUGGUGAGGCACAAAAUACUUCACACAGGAGAGAAGCCAUACCAAUGCCAGGAGUGUGGGAAAUGUUUUGCUGACAAAUCAGCCUUGUGGAGCCACAAAAGAGUCCACACAGGAGAGAAGCCAUGCCAAUGCCAGGAGUGUGGGAAAUGUUUUACUGACCGUUCAGCCUUGGUGAGCCACAAAAGGCUUCACACAGGAGAGAAACCAUACCAAUGCCAGGAGUGUGGGAAAUGUUUUGGUUACCGUUCAGACUUAGUGAGCCACAAAAGAGUCCACACAGGAGAGAAGCCAUACCAAUGUCAAGAGUGUGGGAAAUGUUUUGCUGGUCGUUCAGCCUUGGUGAGCCAUAAAAGACUCCACACAGGAGAGAAACCAUACCAAUGCCAGGAGUGUGGGAAAUGUUUUGCUGACUGUUCAGCCUUGGUGAGCCACAAAAGACUCCACACAGGAGAGAAACCAUACCAAUGCCAGGAGUGUGGGAAAUGUUUUGCUUACAGUUCGCAUUUGGUGAGGCACAAAAGACUCCACACAGGACAGAAGCCUUAGAAAUGCCAAGAGUGUGAGAAAUGUUUUGCUUUCCCCACACCCACAAAAAACUAUACAAAGGAUAGAAAGGUUAAAAAAUCCAGAAGUAUGGGAAAUGUUUUAUUUGGACGUCAUCCCAUAACAAGCACUAGAGAAUAUACACAGGCUAAAAAACAUACAAAUGCCAGUCAUGCGGGAUAUGUUUUAACUUUUGAACCAUCACAGACUACAGACAGGAGAGACAUCAUCCAAAGAGUUGGGACAAAAUUAAUAAAAUGUUUUGCAACAGGGAAAUAGCAGAUGAAAUGGCUUCCAGUUAAA